AUGCGGAAUACGGGCAAGAUGCUAGAACUCAAGCACCAGCUGGGACCAGAUGUUGAUGCUGCCAAGACAACGAGAAGAGAAGAGGCUUCUGGUUCACAUCGGAUCUGCCAGUUGGCAAAUGGCAUUGGCGCUGCUGCCAGAGCUGCCUCUGGAACCAACCUUUCCUUCCAGAAUGGACAUCACAGCUCGGAGCGGGUGAGGGUGCUGACCUACCAUGUGAUCACAGCUGUCUCAGAUCCUUUUCACUUUGCUUCCCGAGCCCCAAACGUGUCAGAGAACACCGGUGUCUGCGGUGGAAAUCAAAGUUCCAGGUGUAAACGUCAUUUAGCCUCCUCAAAUUCGCUCGCUCUGGGCUCCACGCCCCCUUCCCUCUUCCUGGAUUCUGAGGAACUGGACCCAGAAAGAAGCUGGUUGAAAGUGGCUAGCCCCAUCGUCUUUACAGUAGAAUACGUCUAA